UUGUAGUUCUAACGCUACUACAAUCCAAAAUGGCAGCGCCCUUGAAGAUGCUGUGUUCUUCAGCACUAAAGCUGACAAUGAGACCAUUUUCAUCUACAUGCACAGCCUAUGCUGGGAAGAAAUGGAGACUGGAGAACGGUUUGGCUUGGACUGGAUCAGAGUAUGGUCCAUUAACAGAUCUGCCUGACUGGUCUUACGCUGAUGGCAGACCUGCACCGCCACUGAAAGGACAAGUCAGGAGGCAGAAACAGAGAGAAGACUUUGCAAGGAGAGCAGUGUAUCUCAAUGCAGAGGUGGACCAGGGGAUAGAAACAUGGAGGACAAAACAGGAGGCGCAGAAAAGAGCAAAGGAACAAAUAAAAUCAUCUAUGCUUAAACCUAAAGGAAAUCUUUUAAUAAAGAACAAAAAUUAAAAAGA